GGCCCGAAUCGCCGCUUCCCUAGUUUUAACCCCCUUUUCAGCUCGCCAGGUCCGGCACAGAACGGCGCCCCGGGCCCAAGUUCAUGCAUGAAGCUGCCCCUUAUCAUCGCUCAUGCUCGUCUGAGUGUCUGGUGUUUGGAGUUACGAAGAAGAAGCAUUAAAAGAGGGAUUAUUUUAAAGGCUGAACAGCUUUCAGUCUGCCGUCGUUGUGAUUGCUGAAUUGCGAUUGCGUCAGCUGACUCGCAAGGAACCGGACUAAACGGUGUCGCGCCAAUUGAUAGUGAAGGGGAAGGGCAACCACCGUCAUGGACACGUUGUUUGGGAUCGUUGGGGAUGGAUUUGUCCUGUUGGCGUCAGACACGUCCCAGGUUCAGAGCAUAGUGCUGCAGAAAACGGACGAGGACAAGAUCAUGAUCCUGGACGAAUUCAAGCUGCUGGGGACAAGUGGGGAGACAGGAGACAGGGUGCAAUUCUCUGAACUGAUUCAGAAGAACAUCCAUUUGUACCAGUACCGGAACGGCCUGCCUCUGUCAACUGAUGGGGCCGCACACUACAUGAGGGGGCAGCUCGCCACUGCCCUUCGGAAGGGGCCAUACUCGGUGUUCCUUUUGCUGGCUGGCUGGGACAAGGAGACGGGGCCGUCUCUGUACUACAUGGACUAUCUAGCGACUAUGCACAAGCUCGACAAGGCGUCGAUGGGCUAUGGCGGGUACUUCAUGCUCAGUUUGAUGGACAAGCACUGGAAGCCGAACCUAACCCUGGAGGAGGCGAAGAAGAUUAUGUACCUCUGCAUCGACGAAGUGCAGCGGAGGCUCGUAGUGGCGCCCCCCAACUUCGUCAUAAAGAUCGUGGACAAGGACGGCGCACGCGAGCUGGAGCGACGGGACACCGUAGUCGACGCCACAAAUGUCACCACUGCGACUGCUAGUCCGGAGGCGGAGUUCAUCGACGCUCCCGCUGCUGCGGCCGCAGAGGCGGGAACGAGUCAAGCGGAUGCUGUAACGAAGCCACCCACGGAGUCUGAAACGAAGCCACCAACAUAAGAUUAGGUGACACUACCACUCGGCAUCGUGGAAGCAGCCGUACCUCUUGUCGCUCUUUCUCUCUCUUUUGCAACUCGAGGUCCCUCGUUUUCGUGAAUGCUGCGUAAGUUCAUGUGCGAGGCCUCUCGCGGUCAACCAGCACCAUGCACU